UGAGGAUCUAACACUGAGACAAGAAGAAGGCUAACACUGAGAGAAGAAGGCGGUGGUUUUCAUUCACUUAUUGGCGAGUUAUUUUCAAGAACCUAGCAGAGGAUUAAAACACACAAAUACACCUACAAUAUUCAAGGUGCUUCUUCAGUGUUCGUGCUGUCAGGGUGAUGUCAACAGCCUGUCUUGCGCGCCUGGCAAGGUGCAGUGGUCCUUUUGUGGGUCGCAAUGGUCUUUUUCAGACAGCCCUAGUCCCACUCCCAUUGCAGCAGGGCAGCCACCUCCAAUUCACAGUCUUUCGGAGACAGCUUUACAGCCCUUCAGAGCAGCGACACAGCAACACACGCUUUGACGCAGACAGCAGUGGCCGGCCCACCACUUGGGAUUCAUUUGGCAUCUGGGACAAUCGUAUUGAUGAGCCCAUCCUGCUGCCCCCCAGCAUUCGCUAUGGCAAGCCCAUUCCCAAAGUCAGCUUAUCUAAGGUGGGAUGUGCCUCUCUCAUUGGUCAACGCAAGGAGAAUGAAGACCGCUUCCAGGUCUCCCAAAUGACAGACAACAUCCUCUACUUUGCUGUUUUUGAUGGGCAUGGCGGACCGGAAGCAGCUGACUUUUGUGAAAAAUACAUGGAGAAAUUCAUCAAGGACAUUGUGGCAGAGGAGUCCAAUCUGGAGGUAGUUUUAACAAAGGCCUUCCAUGAAGUAGACAAAGCUCUUGCAAAGCACUUACACUUCUCUCCAAAUGUGCCGGGGAUCAAUGCAGGAACCACUGCCACCGUGGCCCUGCUGAGGGACAGCAUUGAGUUGGUGGUGGGCAGUGUGGGUGACAGUCGCGCCAUGCUGUGCCACAAGGGCAAGGCCCUUAAACUCACUGUCGACCACACUCCUGAGAGGAAGGACGAGAAAGAGAGGAUUAAGAGGAGUGGGGGUUUUAUUACCUGGAAUAGUCUGGGACAGCCAAACGUCAAUGGCAGGUUGGCAAUGACACGCAGCAUUGGAGACUUUGACCUGAAGAACAUGGGGGUCAUAUCUGAGCCCGAGACCAAGAGAGUAUCGUUGCACCAUGUACACGACGCGUUCCUGGCGCUGACCACAGACGGCAUUAACUUCAUUAUGAAUAGCCAGGAGAUCUGCAAUGUCAUCAACCAGUGCCAUGACCCCAAAGAGGCAGCUCAAAGAAUAUCUGACCAGGCUCUUCAGUAUGGCUCAGAGGACAACAGCACAAUUAUUGUGGUGCCCUUUGGUGCUUGGGGAAGGCACAAGAGUUCGGACCCAAGUUUCUCCUUCAGCAGAAGUUUUGUGUCGAGUGGUCGCUGGGCGUAGUCAUCAGGCGUUGGAUGAAAAGCUGUGGUCUGUGGACCUAAUUAAUGUGUGCAAUACAAUCAGUGCCCUUGUGGAAAAUAUUAUAAAGAGUGUGGUUUGCCCAGACAAUAAUAUGUAAGGGAUACAACAUUGUAUUUAGAGUAGUACUUAUUAGCCUCUGUGAAAUAAGAGGUGGUCAGUUCAUGAUGUGCACUAAAUUAAAAACAUCCUCUUUAUACAAGGUUUUAUCUACUAGCAAGCCAAUGACCUUAUAGGUGCUAAACGCUGAGAAGUGUUUGAAUGGCAGACGGGUGUUCACUUAGCAAAUAUGUAGCCUGUCCUACAUGAGCUAAGAUUUUAAGAUUAGUAUUCCUGUUUGCUAUUCAGAUACGUUUUUAUCUAUUUAGUAAUACCCAAGUUUGCACUUUUUUAUUUUUUAUUUUUAACAUUAACUUAAAGGGUAACUCAAAGAAUUUUUCACCCUGGGCCUUAUAUUCCCAUGUUUUUGGGUGCAAGUGAUUGAAAAGGACAAAAAAAAAUCUUUGCAGUUGUUAAACAACAAAAUAUAUUUCUGUAGGAAUCCUGCUCAUAAUGAUUUCAGACACAAUAAUAAUUUGAACUGAUCAGUGGCAAAAACAAGCACUUUCAGUGGGCGUACUUUCACGCAGACAAAUGCGGCAUUUGAUUACAUUUGCAGCUGCUGUUAGCCGUUGACAGUAUACUGGUCUUGCUCAGUAGUGGCCUAACUGCAAAGACAUUUGUCCCUAAAAAUCAUUUGCACCCAAAAAUGUGGGAAAAUAAGACACCAGUUCAAAAAUCUCUGAGUUAUCCUUAAACUUUGAUAAGUUGUAUUUUCAAGACAGUAGUGCAUUUGGAUUUUACCAGUUGUUGUAAGUCUGCUGUCUUUACUUCUGGACCAUUUCUCCAUGUUAGGGUAGGAGUAUAUGAAUAGAAGAGAGAGGGAAUAUACACUUAUUGAAGUGCAUUCAUUUUUUCAGUUAAUUGGAAUUCAUCGAACCCUUGUAUGAGAAUACAAAAUGUACAUAACAUGAAAUCUCCUGUCUUCUGAAGCAACUGGAAUUUAAUCAUCAUGAGCAAAAUAAGUCUGUGAGUAGGUCUUAAUGACGAUUCUGGAGCUUAUUUCCAUCUUGUGGGUCAAACCAUGAGACUAUAUAGAAAUAUUUACAGCUUUGAAAAUCGUCGGUCCUGGUAAUUUUAAAAGAACUAUUACUCUUCUGAACUUCUCUCCAUACUUCCCCACAAACACGUUUCUAGACUGUUGUCUAAUAAUACUUACUAAAGCACCAUUGAAAAUCAUAGAUGCCCAUUUGCACAAUUGUGAUGACUUGGGAGAAAUGAACAGAACCCUGAAUGUUUAGUGGGCUGGUGAACUAGUGGGCUGUGUGAAUGCAGUUGCUUAAUACUGCAGUCUGACAUUUGUAAAAAUAAGAUAUUUGCGUUUCUUGCAAUUUACACAUUGCUCAAGCUUGUAUAACUGUUAAUAUCUGUACUGAUUUGAAACAGGUCUUGUUGGGGCAAUAUGAAGUGUUCAGGGUACAGGAAUGUACAGUGUAUGUUUUGUAUAUAAUUCUAUUUAUGUAUAUCUGGAAAACUGAUAGUUCUCUGUUAGAUUUAAUGAAUAUCUUGGCUAAAUCUCUCAUACCAGAAUAUUUGACACGCACAGAACCUUUGCUUUGGUGAUUGUAUUGUGGUAAGCUGCAUUAUUUUAAUUGUAACUCGGUUACAAUCAGUAAUUCAUCAUUUAUACCAUUUAUGUCACUCACAAAGAGCAAAGCACACUUAAUGCAAGACUAAAGAACAACUUAGAGCCAUGUAUGACAAUGUGAAUGUUUGCUUAAAUGCCCUCCAUGACUAAAAAAAUACAAUCAAACCCUGUAGGGUAUUGGCGUGAUUAAGCUGUGUAAGUUGUCUUGGCUGAUCUAAUGUGACUGUAUACAUUUCAACAAUGCAAGGCAGACUUAAAACAUUAGAUCCACUGUACAGUUUUUGUUCACUGUUUUGUUUUGUGGUUGUUAAAGCUAGAUGAAUGCAACCAUUCAGACUUAUCAGAAUACUUGUUCUGUCUAUGAGAUUUGCAGAUAUUGUGUUGCUAUCAGUUUUUCCUCAAACACCAUUUAUAAAUGUUUUGUAAAUACUCCCUCACUCCUCCUCCCCCAUUCACAUAAUUAAUGAAACCUUGAUUUAUUAUAAGGACUUUGUCUUUAUGUCUAACACGUCCUCCUUACAGGCCUCCUCAUCUGUUAAAGCAAUCUUUCACAGGGUGAUCAGUAUUUGCUGUUUUUUUUUGUUUCACUGCCUUUCAAAUAUAAUCAUAUAAUUGUAACUGUAGACCUGUAUCUGGGACCUAAAUGUGACUGUUUCAACAACACUUAGUACUGUAUUUUUGAUCUAAAUGGCUUGUGAAACUUAAAUUAAAAAAAAAUACACGUCAAAAA